AUGAAUCUGGCGGUGAUGGAGAAGAAUUCGAAAGCCGUCUGCCCGGAGUUGCGCGCCUUUUCAGACUGCGUUGAUGUCGCGGAAGCCGGCCAUGAACAAUUGCACAAACACGGACGCUUAUCACUUUUCGAAAGCCGUGUGCUGCCGAGCGGAAGGGGAAGAAUUGCGUACGUCGGGGGUUCUGUAAGCGCCCUGAGUUUCCAUCCAUGGGCGAAAGGUAUUUGCGCAGUUGCCGCGCACCGCAGCGACCAGCCAACUCACAGAAUUCUGAAGUGCUAUGCAGGCUCUGGGCAUAUUCAACUCUGGAGAUUUGCUGAAAAUGACACGAGGUGUCUUGGCCUCGUUGAACAUAACGGUGAGUGCGUUUGGGACUUAAAAUGGAGGCCAGAGCAGUCGCAGAGGGAUGGGAGCACAGGGUGGGAGGGCACGUUAGCUGCCGCUCUUGGUGAUGGGACGGUCCUUGUGAGCAAAAUCGAUUCGUUUACGAAGGUUUCACAUGGUGCAGAGAAAGACGCUAUCAAGACACUCUAUCCCACAUCGACGCUGUUACGUGUCAACAAGAGUAUCGCGAGUCGAAGCCCCGUGAGAGUUGUCGAGUGGUCGAAGGAAGGCAAUCUCCUAGUUGUAGGGUGUGCAGAUGGAAGCAUUGAGGUCUAUGAUGCCACAUCCGUUGACCGAACAUGGCCGAGGUGGUCUAUUCCCGGCCAUGAGUCUGUGGUGGUCGAUCUUCGAUGGCUGUCUGAAACACAUUUGUGCAGCUUGGGUCUGUCGUGCGUGCUUCGUUUGCGCGAUAUACGCGACCCCGUCUCCACUUUGGAACAGAACAUGGAAGGGCUCAGUGGGAGCAUGAGCAUGGAUGCCCCGGAACCGAACGUCGCUAUCAUCGGCGGUGACUACGGAUAUCUACGAGUAGUGCGUCUCAGCGGUGUGGAUGGUAUGAUGCCGCAGCGUUCCGUCAAGCGAGUGCGACUGCAGAGCGGAUCAUUUCGGGACAUGUGCUCUGUUCCAAUAUCUGGGCAAGAAGCAGACUCCUGUUCUCAGACAUUGUUCUAUACAGGGGGAGCUGACGGUAUGCUGCACGAAUGCAAGUUCCCGCGGCCUAUCUGGACAUCUGCCAACGAAUGCGAGAUUGGGAAAACGCAAGUAGGAGAGAGACUACGAUGGACUCAGACCACUGAGAUCAAAGAAGGAGGCGAAGAAAUAAGGACCCUACGAUUACAGCUGCGGAAUAGCCUAGCUUCUGGCGGACAAGAGUUGAGCCAUGGUUCUCUACUUGACACGGAAAACGGGGGCUUGGGUGGCACCUUGGUGGAUACUCUGCUGCAGGAAACUUCUACUUCGUCAGCUUCCCGCAAGCCGAAACGAUCACGAACGGUUGGUCGAGAAGGAUUAGCAGAUGCAUAUUCCCGUUUCGGCGCACAGUACAAGGAGCUGGCCGGAGUAACUCGCACAAGUUUAUCCGUCCCCAGUGACAUUCUGGCUGUGGGUAUAUCCGGAGGACUUGUGACUUGGGUGCCGUUGUCGCUGGACGCUCACAAGAGGGACGCACGCAUCCGGCACGCAUACCAACAAACCCCUACGAGUAGUAGCGCCACCAAACCACCACGGAAAAGGGGACGACCGCGAAAGAUACCCACAGUGCUGUUGCAAUCGGCUGGAAUGUCGAGCAUGAACAUGUCCGACACAGCAUCAGCGAGUCGGGCGCUAGGCACUGCAGAAUCAGAAUCUCCAGUGGUGCGUACUCUGCCAGAGAAAACCUCUCCGACAAGCACUACGCGAAUACCGACCCCACCUGCAAGUUACUCGACAGACGCGGCAGGAUUGGUCGCGGGGCCAUCACGCGAGACUUCUCCUCUAAAACCGAGCUCUCCAAAACGCAGACGCAGCAGCCCCAGAACUGCUCAAGUGGCUACUGAACCAAGGAGAAAGCGUGGACGGGCGAAGAAGGGCUCAGACGAAGCUGAUCUUAAAUCCUCAGACAGCGCGAAUAAGACGCAUAUGGGCCAGUCUGAUAGUCUCUCAAAUGAGGGAGUCACGAUGGGCGAGGAGAUAGGAACUGCUAACGACAUGGGAAAGAACGUGCACGCUACAGAUAGGGGAGACGACACGGAAAUGGAAAGCAAGCCAGAAAAAGUCAUCCAAGGAACCGUCCGGAACGCCAAAGACAAGCCCAUCACAGACAAGGCCGUCGAGCAGCAGGUCAUGUCCAAGGAUGACAAACCCCCCGGUUUAGGAGCACUGGGUCCCGCUGAAGUCAGAAGGACAUCCGUGAGCGCGAAAGAGCAUCUGCAAGUGGAAGCACAAAACGGAAAAGAAGCCGCUGACGAAGACACGGAGGCUUUGCAUCUUAACGACGAGUCUAUCCAAGCGCAGAACGCGAGCGGGAAAGCUACAAUGUCAAAGGCAUCUACAAAACGCGCGCGAGCCGAGGCGCAGGCACUGGGCGUCGCCACCAGACGUUCACCUCGCACACGUCGCCAGGAAAUCUCAAGCACUCCUGCUAGACGCGGGGGCAGCCUUGACGCGGCGCCCAACACUAAACCGAACCUCUCCGAGGAGAAUGCAACCGCGCCUCCGCGUGCAGCAGACACACGCGUAGGAGCAGGAGAGGUGCUGGGCAAAAAUGCGCGGGAAGAGACCGGGAAGGCGGCGAUUCCGAAAACGACAGUUGCAAAUUCGAAUCGCGCCAGGGGUCGCAUCAAAGUCGCGAAAAUUGGCGAGACCGCCCGCAGCCGCUCGCCACUCAACCGUCCAGCCCUACCGUUGCACGCAGCCGCCAAAACCGCACCCCACGCCGGCGACAGCGCUGUCGACCACGACAUGCAGAUCGCGCAUUCAAGCCCGCCGCAGCACGCGACGCCGUGGCCAGACGUUGGCAAGAUGCUGCCGCCGCCCAUCACAGGCCAGACACCGGUCACGCAAGGCAGCAAACUGGCAGUGGGCGCGGCUGGGGAGCAAAAGCAGAAGAGGGUCGGACAGGAGAACGGGGCUGCAACAAACGACACAGUCGCCCAAAAAGACGACGAGUCCUCCAUGCCUACCGCCACGGCAUCUCCCGAUGGCAAGCUAGACCCCUCCGAGACAACGCAGAAGGGCCCUUCCUCACUGGUUCCCACUGGAGACAGAAUACCUGCCGCGACGAUCUCCAAGUCGACAAAGGAAGACGCGGCCACCGAACCAGCCAGGAAGCGGCAGCGGAGCGACUCCGUGCCCGUGCAGGACGCGCACGUGCAACCUCUGCAACCGGGCGACUAUCCCGGCGCGUCACACCCCUGCCGCUGCCGCGUGCGCGUCCGGGCGCAAAGGGCGGAGCAAGCGGUGCGUCUGCGGGUGCGGGCGCCCUCGGGCGACACGCCGCCGCGGCGGAGCGCGCGGACGCGGACGCGGCGGGCAGCGCUAGACGAGGACGUCGGGCCGCCGCGCGGAAGGCGCGCACCGCGCAAGAGGUCGGUCAAGCUCAUGCUGCGCAUUGCAGAGCCCGUCGCGCUAACAGACUCCGAAGGCGAGGCGGAGCCGGUGACACGGGUGCCUGUGCGGUUGCGCGUGCGCGAAGGGGGGGCCGUGCGCAGGGCCAUGUCGCGCGAAGAGGAGUGGGGAGAACCGGACGUCAAGGAGAGCGCGGCGCGGCGAGGACCGCCGGUAGAGGGGAUCGACGAAGAGGCCGCCAACAGUGCGGCGAUGGGGGACGGUGGGCGCGGAGUGGGAAGGAAAGGUGUACUGGGCGAGGUGAAUGGGUAUGGUGAGGAGAUGGGGGUGGAAGAGCUUGAACUUGACGGGUCGUCAGGGUCGCGCACCAGGCGGGUGCGCAAGCCAUCAUGGAAGCUCGCGUGA